AUGAUUGGUCUGCAGCACCCUCUCAUACCAGUUCAUCACCAGUAUGAUGUAACAUCAAGUAUCCCUGAGUUGAAAGCCCUGAAAAGAGAACUGCCUGUGAUUCGUAACUUAGAAGGAUUGUAUUAUCUAAGGCAAGAAAGGGAUGGACUUUUAUUUGGUCCAUAUGAAAGCCAGGAGAAGAUGAAACUACAGGACUCAUGGGUAACACAUGGAGUCCCACCUGGUUUUGGAAAAGAACUUUUUGAGUCUGAUUUAAACAGAAUAAUGGAACAUAUUGAGGCAGCUAUGGAAAUGGUACCUGUUCUGAAACACACAAACAUCAUAAACACAAUUGCAGGUCCUAUCACCUAUUCUCCAGACAUUCUUCCUAUGGUGAGACCACAUCAGGGUGUCAGAAAUUACUGGGUAGCUAUUGGUUUUGGGUGAGUAAAUUUAUUGCUACAA